AUGCCGCUCGACAAGUCACGGAUCCAGGGAUUCGGAGGCGGCCCGCCCCAAGAAGAGUCUUGGUUCAGCAGUUCAGGACCUCCACCAAAGGUCUACAUCAAGAGAUGUCCCCAGGGUCAUGAGCUACAGCCCUGGGCUGCGAAGCCUGGUUGGUGUGAUGGCUGUGGAGCCAAGAUCAAAUCUGGUGAGGCUGUGAUGGACUGUCGGGAGUGCAACUACUACCUUUGCAAGUAUUGCUGUCCUCCACCGGAGGGCAGCGAGGAGACGCCCUCCUUCUGGGGGGCCAUGGCUUCAUUGACGGACAUGGGGUCUGGUCCAGCUGUGAGUAGCGCUUUGGACAAUGUGGCAUUAAGCCUGGGCGAUGUCAUCGAUGCAGCCACACAGGACAUCUCCGAGAUGGCUUCGGACUUCAAGUCUUUCGUUGCUUCCGCGGUUGGCCUAGAGGAUGAGAGUGGCGAUGAGGCAGAGGCAGAGCGGCAAAAGGCAGCUGCCAUGAAGAAGAGCAUCGCAAAUGUGUCUCCACGGUCCAGGCAAGAAGCGUCCAGUGCCAUCUCUGACUUCUGCCAGAAAUACCCGGCCGCCAGAGUGAGGCCCAACUCACAGGAGCUAGACAAGCUUUGGGCCAAGAUCAAGGAACUGAAGCCCAUCGCCUUGACCAGUGCCUUUUACGAUGAACUCAGCUUCACCAAUGGCGACACAUCAUGGCAACCACGCCUUCGUGUGUUGUAUGCCAUGGAGCAUCUCUACAAGAAAGAGGGGGCCGGCAAGGAGGUGGCCAUGAAUGUCAUGGGACAAGCCAAAGGCAUCAUCCUCCACCUGACCGAGGUGCAGCAAUGUGCCGACAAAGCCACGGAGGUCAUCAAGCUCUUCAGCGGAAGAGUCAAGGAGAACACCGAGGACUCCGGGUUUCGUGGCGUCGUCGACCCCGUUGUGGCGCAAACCUACAGGAGCCUACAGGAGCCUACAGGAAGCAGCAGCACCUGCCCCAGACUUGCUGGAUAUGUCGGAACCACCGGCCACGGCUUCCGCGGCACCGGCCGCGGCUUCUGCGGCACCGCCCGCAGCUUCCGCGGCACCGGCAGCAUUGCUGAGCGAUGUGGAUUUGCUGGGUGCACCAGCGGCGCAGCCAAUAUCAACAAGUCUGCCACAGGACUUGGACCUGCUGUCCCCAGCUCCAGCAGCUCCUCCAGCUCCCGCUGCCGCGUCCCUCGCGGGCCUUGGUGGCGGCCUGGGCGGCGGCCUGGGCGGCGGCCUGGGCAGUGGCGCCAUACCGUUCAAUCCCAGCGCUGCCACACUGCCUGGAAGUACUACUCUUCUGUCACCCGCCGCGAGUGGGGUGCCCAGCAGCGGCUAUGGAGGCGGCUGGGCCUUAGGCCCAUGGCUCAACCGACUGCGGCCAAAGCGCCAUACAUCCCCUCGGUCUUGGAGACGACUCCAAAGCAAAAGGAUCCGUUUUCGUUUGUGUCUGAUCUCACUGGUAUUGGAGAUGCAGCGGCUGCGUCGUGGCCUCAACCGGAUGGUCAGAGGCCAGCUUCGGAUUUGGCCAUUGGGGAAACUCCGCUUGGCCGAACCUGGUGCAAUCUUAGAGAGAUUGAGAGGGAUCGCAAGCAAGCAGAACAGAGCAGAACAGAGCAUAAAACACAUGCUGGAGUUCAACAGGGUGCAGCACCUGAAUUUAUCAGCUCCCAGUUGAUGAUGCAUGCACAGAGUGCACAGAGUGCUUGCUUCCUGACAGCGGCACCGCGAGCGGCGCCGCGAUCAGAAGGCUCCUGCCUAGAAGGCUUCACGGCACAUGCUGAUCUCUUUGCGUCGGAAAAAGAGGAGGAGGUAGGUGCAGCUCUUCUCCUUCUACGGCUCUUUUGGAUGUCUGCUGUCUGGCUCGAUGUACAGUCGGAAGAAUUGCCCACCAGAGCUUGCAUUCCACUUCUGGAACGGCACAGCAUCGCGGAUCCUCGCUUCUUUGGCCUGCACAUGUGCGAGGGCCUAGUGGGCUACUUGCGGCUCGCAGCUAGCACUCUGCGGAGCGUCAUGGCUUCGGCGAUGCAGGCGCAGAAGGAGCUCAGGAGAACCAACUCCAAGCUGGGGCACGGUGACCCGAAGCCAGCUGAGCCAGCUGGGAUCUGGGAGGACUAUAGGCGGCAAGAAUACCAACCGGUUCCUACAUCGAUGAAUGGGGAUGAAGCCAAAACGCCCAAAAGCGAUUUGGAGGGCUUUGCCACGAUCUUCGGUGACAACAAGAUCCUGACAGCCCUGUUAGUCUUUGUGCCCAUUGGCCUGGUGGCGCACCAGCUUGAGAUGAACCCGACUUAUGUCUUUACCUUCAACUUCUUGGCGAUCAUCCCCUUGGCCUGGCUCAUCGGCAAGUCCACGGAGGAUGUGGCCGCCCGCAUCGGCGAAACGGCCGGGGGCUUGUUGAACGCGACCUUCGGGAACGUGGUGGAGAUGCUCCUUUGCAUCGCCGGAAUUCGGAAUAACGAGAUUGGCGUGGUCCAAUGUACCCUGCUCGGGUCUAUUCUCAGUAAUCUCCUGCUUGUCAUGGGCUGUGCCUUCCUUUUUGGAGGCUUGUACUUUCCAAUCCAGACCUACAACCAGGCUGGUGCUGCGACCCAAUGUUCCCUGAUGGCGUUGAGUGUUUUUGCCAUCGGCCUGCCCACCAUCUACGUCAAUGUCUUGAAACAGGAGUCCGAGUGGGAACACAUGGUCGAAGUCUCCCGUUGGGCUUCGGUUUGCCUCCUGGGUGUUUACUUUGCGUAUUUGGUGUUCCAGCUGAAGACUCAUGCCAGCCUCUUUCAGGAUUCCAGCGGCGGAGAAGAAGAGGAGGAGGAGGAGCCGGAUUUAAGCCCUGUGACUGCAGCUAUCAUGCUAUGUAUCUGUACCGUGGUCACCUCCUUCGCCACCGACGCCUUGAUCGAAGCCAUCAAGGGGACGAUCAGUGAGUGGAAGGUCUCGAAAGAGUUCAUCGGCAUCAUCCUGCUGCCCAUCAUUGGGAACGCGGCGGAGCACUACACCGCCAUUAAGGUGGCGAUGCAGAACAAGAUGGACCUCUCUUUAGGGGUGGCUGCGGGCUCCUCUUGCCAGAUGGCCCUUCUGGUCACCCCAUUUACCGUUCUGGUGGGCUGGUGCUAUGGCACCGAGAUGACCCUGAACUUUCACGCCUUCCAGUUAGCGGUGCUCUUGUUCUCCGUUUUCCUGGUGAACACGAUCCUGAACAACGGCCAGUCCAACUGGUUGGAGGGCUACAUCCUCUUGGUGACGUACUUCGUCGUUUCACUGAUCUACUUCUUUGAAGGAACCGAGGAGAACACCUCUCUCGCCAGUAUCGACUGA